AUGUUUAGCUCUCUGCGUGUCCCCGUCCAUCGCAUGACGCUCCUAUCGCGUCGCUAUGCCUCAACUGAUAGUCUGAAAUGGUCUACUGCUAUGAACAAGUCACUCUUAUCGUCAGAUCCUGUGCUCUUUGACAUUAUUGAACGUGAAAAACAGCGCCAACGUAAUUGUAUCAGCCUCAUUGCAUCGGAGAAUUUCACUUCCAUCGCGGUCUUUGACGCCUUGGGUUCUGUCAUGUCUAACAAAUACUCGGAGGGUUAUCCAGGUCAACGUUACUACGGUGGUAACCAGCUUAUUGACCAAGUAGAGGAGCUUUGUCGCGCUCGUGCCCUUGAGGCAUUUAACCUCGACCCAGAGCAAUGGGGAGUUAAUGUGCAGUCACUUUCUGGCUCGCCUGCUAAUUUUCAGGUCUAUACGGCAUUGCUGGAGCCUCACGACCGCAUUAUGGCGUUGGACUUGCCCCAUGGUGGUCACUUGUCACAUGGUUACCAGCUUGGUCGUAAGAAAAUCUCGGCGACGUCCAUCUUCUUUGAGAGUAUGCCGUAUCGUUUAGACGAGAGCACGGGUCUCAUUGAUUACGAUGGACUAGAGAAAACAGCGGCAUUGUUUCGACCAAAGCUUAUUGUAGCAGGUACUAGCGCGUACUCGCGUCACAUUGACUAUGCGCGUAUGCGCGAGAUCUGUGACCAGCAGGAUGCAGUGCUGCUUGGUGACAUGGCUCACAUUAGUGGAUUGGUGGCAGCUGGUGUUGUGCCGUCACCAUUUGAGUACGCAGACGUGGUAACCACGACGACCCACAAGUCGCUGCGUGGACCGCGUGGAGCCAUGAUUUUCUACCGAAAGGGUGUACACCAUGUUGACAAGAAAAGUGGUAAGGAAGUCAUGUACGACCUGCAGCAGAAGAUUGAUUUUGCCGUGUUUCCCGGUCUCCAGGGUGGACCGCAUAACCACACGAUUGCUGCUUUGAGCACGGCGUUGCUCCAGGCGCAGAGUCCGGAGUUCAAGCUAUACCAGUCGCAAGUGAUCGCAAACUCCCGUGCAAUGGUGGCUGAACUGAUUAAGCGUGGCUACGUGGUAGUUUCGAACGGUACUGACAACCAUUUGGCUUUGGUAGAUGUGAAAAAGUCACGUGGCGUAGAUGGCGCGCGUGUUGAGUUUGUGCUUGAAAGCGCGAAUAUGGUAGUGAACAAGAAUACGGUGCCUGGCGACAAGAGCGCUUUUGUUCCUGGUGGCAUACGUCUAGGAACCCCUGCAUUGACCACACGCGGCUGCACAGAAGAGGAUUUCCAGCAGGUGGCUGCCUUCCUUGAUGACGGCGUGAGGCUUACGGCUGAGUUGAAUGAGCGUGCUCGUGCACAGGGCGUUAAGAAGGUGAAGGACUUUAAGGAGUUUGUUGCUGAAGACGCCGAGGCGAAGGAGAAAGUAGACGUGCUGAAACGUGACGUGACUGCAUUUGUGCGACAGUUUCCUACCAUUGGCUUCAGCGAGGAAGACAUGAAGUACAAGGACUAG